CUAAAUUGCCCCAGUGUAGUCGGGGCUCUUCAGUCGGCUACAUGUUGAGUAUAGAUGCUUCUUGCUCGACGGCGACGAUUCUACUACAUGUUUCUCACAAGAAGUUUCUCCCUAUAACAGACUUCUCUUUAUAACACACAAGGGCUUUCAAGCUCAUCAUCAGUUUGAUCGCCGUUGUGCUUGGUGCUUGUACUCUACCAUCGUUCGACGAAUCAACGGACAAAAGAAAAAGUUUACUUCAAAGCAAGUGCUCCGGAGAGUUCGUCGUCAGUUAAAUUCCCAGUGCAAAGUCUUUUGAGUUUUUUAGAAAAUUGAUUUUGAAUCGGUCCUGGCGGACGAUCGGAUAAUAGCCGUCAUGAUCUGCACGAUCACUUAGAAGGCAUUGCUUUAAAAACAACAAAAAACCAAAAAUGAAUACUAACGCAAUGAAAACGGCAGUGAAAUUAUCGGCAGAAUACGCCAUGAAGAACGAGAAGAACAUGUUGAAUGGACACGGUUGGCUAUGGACUUCGAUUAUCCUUCUAGGCCUUGCACAAGCCGUCUCGUUUGUCUACCUUGUACAUUCUCAACAAGAUUUGAUCGACAACUUUGACCCGCGACUCAAGUGCUCCUGUAAACAAAUGGACCAUGUAUCGUUUACUACUUCGCCCGUAACAAAUGUUUCGGUCGGUCAAGCAGAUCUAGCAGCUCACGGUAUUUUCGUUACAUCCGAUUCGGAACCUCGUGCAGUUCUAACCAGGAAAAAACGUAGUUCUACCAAACCUCCCAAAAAUCCAAACAAAAAAAAUGGUCGCAAGCCUCGCUCAGACAAACACACAGCGACGACUUUACCUAUGGGAUCGGCGGUAUCUUCACAACCGGUUACAAUGGCACCUGGCGUUUACAAUCAUCCGAAUGUCGAAUUCGUCAACCCGAAAUUUCGCGAUGAAUAUUUGUCACGAAGUGAUUCGGGCAGCAGUCCCAACAAUCAGGAGAACCCAUGGGUCUGGCUGAAUGCAUAUUCUCGCAUACCGGUUAACGCAAUCCAGGAUUUUUGUUCAGCUACAAAGGACUACUGUCCACCGGGACUAGAGGGUCCCAUCGGGCCCCAGGGAAUAGUUGGAGAGAAAGGCGUUCGAGGUGAACGCGGAGAACGCGGACAGCAAGGAGAAGCUGGUCUUCGGGGUCCAGUCGGACCGAUCGGACCCCAAGGCCCUAAAGGACCCAAAGGCGAUAUGGGAAAAACUGGGCUUCCAGGACUCAACGGUCGAGACGGAGUGCCCGGCGAACCAGGAUUGGACGGAGUUCCUGGUCGCAGUGGUACACCUGGAUUUGAUGGAAUUUCAGGCAUGGAUGGAUUGCCCGGACAGGCUGGACACAACGGCAUAGACGGAAAUCCUGGCACACCUGGAGAAAAAGGAGAUUCAGGACCAAUUGGCCCUCAAGGACUUACUGGACCAAGAGGGAAGCCUGGUCGAUCUGGUAUUCCAGGAGUUCCUGGCAUUCCAGGUGUUAACACAUGGGUAGUCAAUUCGACUGAUCCUAGAAGAAUCGUACUCGUACCUCCAAGUAUCCUUGGAGUAGAAAUCAUUGAUGGACAGCUACAAGGAAACACAACCAGAACGGUCGUGAUUCAAGAGGGAAAGAAUCUUCGGCUAAGGUGCGGAACGGCCGGCAAUCCCCGACCGGAGGUAUCUUGGAUGAGAGCCGAUGGAUCUCUUACUCCAAUGGGAUCUUGGCAAACUAGCGACGUACUCGGACCCACUUUCAACAUUACUCAAGUUCACCGCGAUCACAUGGGAGUGUACGUUUGCGUGGCCGAUAACGGAAUUCCCCCGCCUUCCUACCGCACAAUCAACGUGGAAGUUCACUUUCCUCCUUUGAUUCGAACUGAAAGUUCGUCGAUUGGAGUUGCCAAUGGCAGCUCCGUGGUUUUGGAGUGUGUGGUGGAGGCAUUCCCGGAGUCGCUCUGCUAUUGGGAACGGGCCGACGGCCGAUCGAUCGACAGUAUGCAUAAGGCAUUCCUCAGGGACCACGGCAAAUACAAAGUCCACAUGACACUAAACCUGACCAUAACAAAUCCGAAUGUGGAUUACGGUCGCUACCAUUGCGUCAGCAAGAAUGAAGUGGGCAUCACUCGUGGUGAAAUCGACGUCUAUGCGAUCGAUCCGCGGUUUACCCAAGCUGGCGGUGUUAAUGAUCCCAAACUGUGGGGUACACCGCCAUCCGAUCUGGUGGAUCUAGAGGAUAUGUGCCCCCCUCCACCAGAUUGUCCAAAAUGUUCGUCCGUACCGUCGGAGAAAUGCCGUGAGAGCGGUUUGGGAAUGUUUGAUGUUCUAGGCCGUCUGGAUAUUCGACCUUUAGGCAAUGAAACAUACCCGGGAUACGUCAAUCGAACCCAAGAUUGCGUCCUUGUGGCUAUCGGGAAGCCCGUGUACCAUCGCUUCACGAAUACUUCUCAUGGCAACUGGAUGCGCGACUCUUUGCCACGCACCACGUUUGACGGAGACAAGUACUGGGCUACUAAAUACAAUGAAACCUACGUUCUGUACGAGUAUGCCAACAAAACCACCUUCAAAAAGGACAUCUCUAUUCGAAAUUAUACGUUGCCUUUCGCGCUCAAGGGUUAUCUUCAUGUUGUUUAUAACGGAUCGCUGUACUAUCACCAACAAGAAGAAUCGCGUGUCAUUCGCUACGAACUAGCCUCCGAACGCAACACCAUGGUCUACUUACCGAACGCCACCGUAACCGGAAACGUCCACCUCUACGCGCAUUCGCAAAGCUAUUUGGAUUUCUCCGUGGACGAAACGGGCUUAUGGGUGAUUUACGGUGCGAGUAACGGUGAACAACCCACCAACAACACCGCAGUUGCCAAGCUCAAUUCUUAUUCCCUAGAAAUCGAAUACAUUUGGAAUAUUUCGCUAAAUAAUCAGCGAGCUGGAGAAAUGUUUAUCGCUUGUGGUGUACUGUACGCCGUGGACAGUGUCACUGAACGAACCACAAAAAUUCGAUUUGCGCUUGACCUGUACAGAAAUAAAUUACUGGAAGUGGAUGGUUUGACAUUCACAAACCCCUUCCGCAAAACCAGCAUGGUUGGCUACAACCACAGGAAUAAGGAACUGUACACGUGGGACAACGGCAACCAGUUAACAUAUCCGGUAAAGUUCACAGACAUUGGAUAUAAUACUCCGGAGAACGAUCUAGCGAACGAUCGGAUUGAGGUCAGCGGGCCAGAGGCUCUCAUUCAGGACGAAUGGGACAGUAUUAUCGAAAUUACAUAGGAACCAACGAAACAAACUUUUUAUAUUCUUCUGUUUGCUUAUGCUAUAGAAUGUAGAAUAUAGAAAAAAAUAGGCAGAAUGGGCAUUAGCAUGAUGAUGACAAAUGCUUAUUUUAGACAAUUUUUUAGAGAGAGAAUCGCACAAGAAUGCAGUUUUUUUAUACUCCUACCUUCGGUCAACUCAUAUCUUCAUAAUGAGGAUACAUAUUAAUUAACAAAAAAAAAAUUUCUUUUCCUUUUUUCCCCAAUUUUUCCUCCUUCUACGCUUUUUGGUUAUAGUGGUCAAAUAAUGAAAUCGAACAAACACAGCCAACUGUUUCCUUGAUUCUCUCCUUACUUUCCGGUAUAAAGUAGCUUUUUCAUUGCGAUGUGCAACAAUUAAAUUACGUAGAGUAGAAGCGUUUUCUUUUAUCAUGAAUGUUGAUGAAAUCAUUUCAAAAGCCAACACCGUGUUCGUCAAUAGGAAAAUACAUCAAAAGUCUAAUAAUAA